AUGCCAAAGGAGGAGUGUAAGUUGUCAUCAGGCUGUAAGUAUAAAGAGAGGAAGCCAAAGAAGCCGCACUACAUCCCGCGGCCGUUCGGAAAACCCUACAAUUACAAAUGCUUCCAGUGUCCGUUCACAUGCAUGGAGAAAUCUCACCUGUACAACCACAUGAAGUACAGCCUGUGUAAGAACUCGCUGUCGCUACUUAUCGAGUCUGACUGGCCUUACAAAAAAGGAAACCUGCUCCCGUCUGACCACCUGCGGCUGCAUCAGGGCAUUGUGAGUAGUCGUAGUUCAGAAAAGGACCAGACGGGGCAGAAAGAAAAAGACGAGCUUCAGCCGAGCUUUGCUGAUGAAACCGAUGAAAUUAAUACGGACGAGAAAGAGGCAGAAACCCAAUCAGAAACAAGCAUGACAGCCAAUCAGAGCUCAGAUCAAAAUGAGGAAUCACCAAGGGGGAGGGCCAAACAGGAGGCGGAACUUGUUAUGGCUGAUGUCUUCUCAUUGGAGGAGCAGUUGUUGCGAGCACGCUCAGUAGACGAAUCCAAACUACGUCAUUAUCGUCUUUCUAAAACGCGCUUGCUGUUGUCCGACUCAUUGCCCUGCUACCCUCCAGCGCCACCCCCAGGUCAUCCAAACUGCACUGACCCCCCACCUCUCAACCUGUCCCUGCUCGGCCUUGGCUACCCUUUAACUGCCGACAUUUUCUCGUAUAUUGACCCCAACCUUGGUGCAGCUACAACAUCCACUCCAUCCCAGAUUAGCUCUCUACCCUUCCUAGCUUCUGUCAACACACACUCCAACCGUGCCAUCCUGCCACCAAGGUUUUAUUAUCCCUUCCUGUGUGAGCGCACAGCAGCAGCAGACCCAAAUAAAGUCAUCAAACCCAACGCUUUCACUCCCAACAUCAACCUGUGGAAGUUUUCAGCACUCCGCUCCACUCCCAACCAGGCAUCAGCCGAAGCCUGGGGCUCGCCAAGCAGCUCGAGCCCAAAGGCAGCUGGGGAGAGACUCCAGACCCGAUGGGGGCAAGAGCAGAGUGCAAGGAGGUCAGCUGGACCUCUGGACUCCCGAAAUGCACCUGCAGGGAAAAAAGCAGCACCCUCAUUGCGAGUCAAUCAGGCCACACCCAAUCCUACUGUCACAGCAACUGAUCGACUUCUGCAUAACAGUUUGCAAGCCCAGUCCGGUUUGGACAAGUGUAACUCGGACCUGAGAAGCUCUCCCCUCAUAAAUAUUUCAGAAUAUGGUGAACAGAAAAAGAGAGGGAUGAGUGGAGAGACGAACGGAGAGAUACUGCAUGAUCUCACUUCUGCGCUGAGGGAGCUUCAGCAUGCCGAGCGUGAGUCGGCUUUACAGCCUGAAUAUGAGCCCUCACACCACCAGUGGGCACAGAAGAUCCGCAAAAUCCGCCUCGAACUGUCCCACAUCCAGGAGGCGCUGCAGAGGACGACCCAAGGACCACUCGACCUGUCUGUCAAAAAAGAACCCGUUGCCAUGAUGACCCUGGCGUCAGUGGAAAACCUGCAGAUGAAACAGCAUUUAAACCAGAGCCAGGAAAUGUGGUCUGAGACGGGUGAGGAAGAGGAGGAAGAAGAGGAAUCAGAAAUGGAGGAAGAAUGGAAGAAACAUUCUCUCGAUGUACUUAUGAGGAUGGGACAGUCCCAAAGCAUUUCCAUGACGACACCAGGUAUUACCAUGACAAAGUCAGAACUGUUGCCGGGUGAUGCAGAAGCGCUGUGGAACAGCAGGACCAGGAAGUGUGAAGCAGACUCAAGUGUUCGGCUGUGUUCUAAAACCUCAAACUGCCCCUCCAGCCCCAUAACUGCCCCUUCAAUCUAG